AUGGCGUCACCGCCACCGAAGCUUCCGAUCCCCGGCCGACGCAACAUACUCAUCACCAGCGCGUUGCCCUAUGUCAACAACGUUCCGCACCUGGGGAACAUCAUCGGAUGCGUGCUUAGUGCCGACGUGUUCGCGCGGUACUGUCGGCUGCGAGGGUACAACGCGAUCUACAUAUGCGGCACCGACGAGUACGGGACGGCCACCGAGACCAAGGCCUUGGAGGAGAAGUGCUCGCCCAAGGAGAUCUGUGGGUACCAUGUUAUCCAUGACGAGGUUUACAAGUGGUUUGACAUAAAGUUUGACAAGUUUGGGCGGACAUCCGCUCCUGAACAGACAGAAGUCUGCCAGGCAAUUUUCCAUAAACUGAUGGAAAACAAAUGGCUCACGGAGAAUACCAUGCAGCAGCUUUAUUGUGACACGUGUGAACGAUUCUUAGCCGAUAGGCUUGUGGAGGGGAAAUGUCCGACCGAGGGCUGUAACUAUGAAGCGGCAAGAGGUGAUCAAUGUGAAAACUGCAGCAAAUUGUUGAACCCAACCGAGUUAAUUGAUCCAAAGUGCAAGGUCUGUAAGAAUGCUCCACGUAUUCGUGACACAGAUCACUUAUUCUUGGAGCUUCCUCUAUUGAGUGAUAAGUUGGUAAACUAUAUUAACAACACUUCAGUAGCUGGUAUGUGGAGUCAAAAUGCUAUUCAAGCAACAAACGCAUGGUUGAAGGAAGGGUUAAAGCAACGUUGUAUCACUAGAGAUCUUAAAUGGGGAGUUCCUGUUCCACAUGAGAAGUAUAAAGACAAGGUGUUCUAUGUCUGGUUUGAUGCACCAAUUGGGUACAUAUCUAUCACAGCAUCAUAUACGCCUGAUUGGGAGAAGUGGUGGAAGGAUCCUGAUAAUGUAGAGUUGUUCCAGUUCAUGGGUAAAGAUAAUGUGCCAUUUCACACGGUCAUGUUCCCUUCAACACUACUGGGAACUGGUGAAAACUGGACAAUGAUGAAGACCAUAAGCGUUACUGAAUAUUUAAACUAUGAAGCAGGAAAAUUUUCCAAGAGUCAUGGUAUUGGUGUCUUUGGCAAUGAUGCGAAGGUUACUAAUAUUCCAUCUGAAGUAUGGCGAUACUACUUGCUUAUGAACCGCCCUGAGGUAUCAGAUACACUGUUCACUUGGGCUGAUUUACAAGCUAAAUUGAACAGCGAGUUGCUGAACAACCUGGGAAACUUCAUCAACCGUGUGUUAAGCUUUGUUGCAAAACCAGCUGGAGCUGGAUACGACUCCAUCAUACCUGACGCUCCUAAUGCCGAGUCACAUACAUUGACCAACGCACUUGCAGAAAAAACUAAUAAAUGGGCUGAACAAUAUCUUGAAGCAAUGGAGAAGGUUAAAUUGAAACAAGGACUUAAGAGUGCAAUGGCGAUUUCUAGUGAUGGAAAUGCAUAUUUGCAAGAGAGCCAAUUUUGGAGGCUUUAUAAGGAAGAUCCAGCAGCCUGUGCCAUCGUAAUGAAAACUUCAGUUGGUGUUGUCUAUCUCCUUGCCUGUCUGCUGGAGCCUUUUAUGCCUUCCUUUUCUAGAGAAGUGCUGCGACAAUUAAAUAUGUCCCCAGAUGAAGAUCUGUCAUUCUGUGAUGAUAAAGGAGAAACUGCCAAGGCUAAAAGACCCUGGGAUUUUGUAUCAGCAGGACACAAAAUAGGAAAGCCAGUCCCUCUAUUUAAGGAACUGAAAGAUGAAGAAGUUGAGGCGUUUAGGAUCAAAUUCGCUGGCAGCCAAGCUGAAAGGAUCUCAAAGGCACAAGCUGAUGCCGAGGCAAAGAAAGUUGCUGAUAAGCUCAAGGGCACAAAAUUAUCUGAGGGAAGUUCAAAGAAGAAACAAUCUGGUGGUUCGAAAUCAAAGACAGCAGAGGAUGUCUCAGUUGCCAAGCUGGAUAUUCGGAUAGGGCUUAUCAGAAAAGCAGAGAAGCAUCCAGAUGCCGAUUCACUUUAUGUAGAAGAGAUCGAUGUUGGAGAAGAGGCACCAAGAACAGUGGUUAGCGGCCUUGUCAAAUUCAUCCCUCUGGAGGAAAUGCAGAACCGGAAAGUGUGUGUGCUCUGCAACCUUAAACCGGUGGCAAUGCGCGGUAUAAAGUCACAUGCUAUGGUUUUGGCUGCAUCGAACGAGGACCACUCAAAGGUUGAGUUGGUUGAGCCUCCAGAAUCCGCUGCUGUCGGGGAGAAGGUGACCUUUGCCGGGUUCUCUGGUGGGCCUGAGGCUUCUCUUAACGCCAAAAGCAAAACCUGGGAGAAGUUAUCCGCCGAUCUGCACAGCAACAGUGAGCUUGUGGCGUGCUACAAAGAUGUUGCAUUCACAACUUCGGCUGGGGUAUGCAAGGUCAAGACCAUAGCGAACGGGGAGAUCCGCUAA